AUUACACACUCAUUUUGUGCCUAAAGUGACUAAUAAGCCAUAUAUAUGACUGGGCGAGGAAAGAUAUAUAAAAAGCAAUUGUUUGAGCCUGGAUAUUUAGUAUUUGUUUCAGUACAACUAGUAAAUCCAAUACGACAGGAUAAAGGUGUCGAACAUGAGAAGUUUUCUGAUAAUACUAGCAGCACUGGCGGUCGUAGGUGCUAGGAAGUAUAGUACAAAACAUGACAACAUAGACAUCAACCGCUUGGUCCAAAUUCCAGAGUACAUGAGACAGUCAGCCGGUUGCUAUUUGGACAGGAACCCUUGUGACAAGAUGACAGCUACUCUUAAAAGAGCAAUUCCAGAGAUAGUACAGUUGUCUUGUGAAAAAUGCACUCCUACGCAGAAACAUAUCCUAAGAAGAUAUUUAGAGGAGUUAAAGAAACAGCUGCCUGAAGACUAUGUGGCAUUUCGACACAAAUACGAUCCAAAUAAUGUUUACUUUAAUAAAUUGGAAAGAGCAAUUUCUAAUUAAUUGUACCAUUAUAAUAAAGAAUAUAAAUUCUGUACU